GAAUUCAUUCUCUCUAAACUCCCUUGUAAAAGUGACCGUGCAUUCUCUGUUAUAAUAUAACUUGGGCUACAGGUGUUCCACCUAAAGUCCUACCGGUCAAUCUGAGUGUUUUUACUUUCUUUACUUUACCAAAUCGAGCAGACUAUUCUAGACCCGGUCUAGUGUAGUUUGACCGGUCAAGUAAUUUACACCAUCAUUUUUGGCGCCACCCGUGGGACCGUUAAGGUUUCUUCUCUUCUAAACACAAACCUACCCACAAAAACACCACUCAAAAUGUCUUCCAACCAGCAAAUCAACGCUACUUCCACUCAGGUGCAAGCCACCAAUGAGGGAACCAGCACCCCUGUGGCCGUUACCCGACCAGUUGUUCCCGCUCCUGUGUUGCCGUUGGGCCUGAGUUCAAUCCCAACCCCCAGCGUGGUAGGCCCGUUCGCGACUCCUGUCCCUUCCGCUGGACCAAGGGUCACAUUCCCACCAAGCAUGACUCAGUUCAUGAACGAUCUGGCCAACCUACAAGCCAUCCAGGGCUUUGGCCAGGUCAUGGCCAUGUGCCAACAGAAUGGGGGGAUGCCUUUCCUCCCUGGCAUGUUUCCGUUCGCCCUUCCAGGCACUGAGACGAUGCCCCUUCAAGCUCCGAUGGCGGUGACGCCGUUCCAGACGCCGAUGCCGCAGCCAUCGCCUUUCCAGCCCCAGCUAGUCAGUGCUGUGGUGCCCGUCAAUUUGACCGGUGCGCUUAACGCCGCUGGGCCGUCACGUCCCCCGCAAGGUACGAAUCCACUAGUUACUCCUGAUGGUCAUUGCGUCUCAGUAGAGAGCGGGGACGACGAGUGGGACAUUCCGAGAGCCCACAAGAAGAAGAAGGGGAAAACUAUCCGCCCAGCAACUUCCCGAAACUCCGCCUUCGAAAGGCUGGGGGACAGGGAAGAAGGCCAGAGAAAGUCAGCCAAGCAGAGGUUGGGGCAAAGCGUUGCUCAUGUCAGCGCGUUCGCCCGAUUAGGCAAGGGGAGGGAGGCCGAGCCUGCCCGUACCCUGCGCUCCCGGUCCAACCGGCAGGAGCCAGCAAGGACGAGGGCCUCUCGUCAAGAAGAAGAAGCAGAAAGCCAGCCUAGGGUGCCGGUGGCUAACCGGUUAACCGUCCCGAAUGACCGCGUCCAACAGAUGGAGGCAAAACUGGAAAGGUUGGAGAAGAAGGUCGGGGAGAAGAAUGACCGGGGCAAACCCCUCGCAGGGUCCCCGUUCACCAUAAGGGUCCAUCUGACACCUUUCCCGCGAAAGGUCAAGAUCGAUGCCCCUAGGUUCACCUGGAAGGAGGAUCCAGAAAUCCACCUGGAUUCUUUCAAUCAGAGUGCAACCAUGAACGGCCAAGUUCCAGGAGAACUGUACUAAGAGGAAGAAAUUCACCUAUCUUAG